UGCGCGCUCCCGGCCGGCGCCGCGCCCCCGCCUUCCUCUCCUCCCGCCCUCCCCGGCCGCCGAGGGGCGGGGCGGCGGCGCUCCGGCGGCGGCAGCAUAGCAGCAAAGCAGCGCAGCAGCAUCAGUAGCGAGCAUGUCGUCGAGCAGGGCCAAGAAAGUGAAGAUGGCCACCAAGUCGUGCCCGGAGUGCGACCAGCAGGUUCCUGUUGCAUGUAAAUCGUGUCCCUGUGGCUACAUAUUUAUUAGUCGAAAACUCUUGCACGCUAAACGUGCGGAGAGAUCGCCACCCAUUACAGAAAACAAGAGUGAGGCCAAAAGGAGACGGACAGAGAGAGUUAAGCGAGAGAAGAUAAAUUCUGCAGUAAAUAAAGACUUAGAAAACCGAAAGAGAUCGAGGUCUAACAGCCAUUCAGAUCAUAGCAGACGAGGAAGAGGAAGACCUAAGAGUGCCUCAGCCAAAAAACACGAGGAAGAAAGAGAGAAACAAGAAAAAGAAGUUGACAUGUAUGCUAACCUUUCAGAUGAAAAGGCCUUCGUAUUUUCAGUGGCCUUGGCGGAAAUAAACAGAAAAAUUAUCAAUCAAAGACUUAUUCUGUAACUUGUAAGCACAAUCUGAUGCAUUUAUAUACGGAAUGACUAGCAUAUUUCCAAGGUGUCAUGGACUCUCGGAAAGCGUGUUGUCUGCGCCAAUAAGGACCAUAGUAUUUCCUGUUAAAAUUCUGCUGCUGUUUUUGGAAAUUACAUUCUGUCUCUGCAAGUGAGAAAGGAAGUGUUCUCAAGAUUGUGCUAUGGAAAUCAGAAAGCAGAAGUGUUUUAUGCCUUGAAGACAAAUACUAGAUGAAUGCUCAGAGAGACUGCACCCAUGCUAGAGCACUUCUUUUAGAUUUGCUGCCAGAAAUGCAAUAUUUUAAAUAUUUUCAGAAAGUAAUGAUUUUCCUUUAAAUCAUAUAUUUCAGAUUUUUGGCUGUAUUGCAGUUUACAUAUGUACAGUUC